AUGCCCUCUACUCCGGAGCGAGGAAGCUCCCCGGCCAAUUUGGACGAUCUAUUCAACUACGAUGUUGGCCUCGACGAGAUCUUCGCAGGAAACAACGACUCCAACGCCGAUAAUGCCAAUUCCAAACCAAAAUCCGGAGAUCAAUCAGCACUCGGAUUAGGUCUCGACGAAGAGGUCAAAGUUACCAAGAAGCGCCAACCGGUAGCGAAGCUCGAUGAGAACCGCCUUCUUUCACAAUCCGGAAUCCCAAAACUACGACAAGCAGCGAAAAAGAAACUCCGCUUCAAAGGCAAAGGACAUGAGUUCUCCGACGCAGCCCGUCUAUUAAACUUCUACCAACUCUGGCUAGACGACCUAUUCCCACGCGCGAAAUUCGCAGACGGCCUAGCCAUGAUCGAGAAACUCGGCCACACAAAACGUAUCCAGACGAUGCGACGGGAAUGGAUUGAAGAAGAGAAGCCGAAGCUCUUCCGAGACGAUCCCGAACCAACGAUAGAAACCCUCGAACUGCCUACGAGACUUUCUUCGAAUCAGAAUCAGAAUGGCGAGGCGCAACCACAAGCAGGUCUUUCGGAAGAUGCAGAUGCAGACCAACUCUUCAUUCCAGACCCAGAGGCAGAUACCCGGCAACAACCUACCAGUCAUCCCGAGCCCGAUGACGACGAACUCGACGACCUCGACGACCUCCUCCGAGAGCAAGAUGAUGAAAUGUCGGGCAUACAAACGUCCGGGCCGGGGCCGCAGAAAUACGAAAACAACAUGGACGACUUUGAUGCCGACUACGAAGCUAUGAAUGAACUUGGGAUGUAG